AGGUCAAUAUGCAGAAAAUGCUCCCAGAAAUUGAUCAGAAUAAGGACCGCAUGUUGGAGAUUUUGGAAGGAAAGGGACUAAGUUUCUUGUUCCCCCUCCUCAAAUUGGAGAAAGAACUUUUGAAGCAAAUGAAGUUGGAUCCAUCCCCUCAAACCAUAUACAAAUGGAUUAAAGAUAACAUCUCUCCCAAACUUCAUGUAGAUGAAGGAUUUGUGAACAUCUUGAUGACUAGCUUCUUACAGUAUAUUUCUAGUGAAGUAAACCCACCCAGCGAUGAAACAGAUUCUUCCUCUGCUCCUUCCAAAGAACAGUUAGAGCAGGAAAAACAACUGCUGCUUUCCUUCAAGCCAGUAAUGCAGAAGUUCCUUCAUGAUCACGUAGAUCUCCAGGUCAGCGCCCUGUACGCCCUUCAGGUGCACUGCUACAACAGCAACUUCCCAAAAGGCAUGUUACUCCGCUUUUUUGUUCACUUUUAUGACAUGGAAAUCAUUGAGGAAGAAGCUUUUUUGGCUUGGAAAGAAGAUAUAACCCAAGAGUUUCCAGGAAAGGGCAAGGCUUUGUUCCAGGUGAACCAAUGGCUAACCUGGCUAGAAACCGCUGAGGAAGAAGAAUCGGAGGAAGAAGCUGACUAAAGAACCAGCCAAAGCCUUAAAUUGUGCAAAACAUACUGUUGCUAUGGUGGAACUGCAUUUGACCUAACCACUGCGAAAAUUCAUUCUGCUGUAAUGUUUUCACAAUAUUUAAAGCAGAAGCACGUCAGUUAGGAUUUCCUUCUGCGUAAGGUUUUUUGUAGUGUAAUGUCUUAAUCAUAGUCUACCAUCAAAUAUUUCAGGAGUAUCUUUAAUGUUUAGAUAGUAUAUUAGCAGCAUGCAAUAACUACAUCCUAAGUUCUCAAGCAGAGGCAGUCUAUUGCAAGGACCUUCUUUGCUGCCAGUUACCAUAGGCUGUUUUUAAGUUAGCUAAAAAAAAAAAAAUGAAUAGCAACACUGAAUACUGUAGAAAUGCACUUUGCUCAGUAAUACUUGAGUUGUUGCAAUAUUUGAUUAUCCAUUUGGUUGUUACAGAGAAAUUCUUAACUGUAAUUGAUGGUUGUUGCCGUAAUAGUAUAUUGUCUGUAUUUCUACCUCUAUUCAUGGGCUUUAUGUGCUAGAUUUUAAUAUCCUUGAGCCUGGGCAAGUGCACAAGUCUUUUUAAAAAGAAACAUGGUUUACUUGCACAAAACUGAUCAGUUUUGAGAGAUCGUUAAUGCCCUUGAAGUGGUUUUUGUGGGUGUGAAACAAAUGGUGAGAAUUUGAAUUGGUCCCUCUUAUUAUAGUAUUGAAAUUAAGCCUACUUAAUUUAUCAAGCCAUUUUCAUGCCCUGAUUUUAUAUACUUGUAUCUAUCAAUAAACAUUGUGAUACUUGAUGCAAAAAAA